AUGGCUGCAGACCUUCCAGAAGUAGAAGGGUGUGUCAAGUUUUUCCCAUUCCUCCAGCACAAACAGCAGAACAAGAGCCACUUUGUCAGUGGAAAAGGUAUCAUCCAAGCCUAUAAGAGUGGUCUCACCCUCCAGGGCAACACCACCAGUCUGGGGAGAUGGGACUUCGUUGGCUCUUUCUUCUUCUCCAUCUCUGCAAUAACCACCAUUGGCUACGGGAACCUGAGCCCCACCACUGCAAUUGCUAGAAUCUUAUGCAUCGUCUUUGCCCUCUUUGGGAUCCCCUUGAACUUGGUUGUUCUAAACCGAAUUGGGCAGCUGAUGCUCUCUGGCGUUCACAAAUGUGCCAGGCAUCUGCAGGAGAAGUUCCACUGGAAGAAGGCAGCCACCCUGUUGACAAGGACCUGUGCAUUGGUUACUGGCUUGUUGCUGUUCCUUCUGCUACCGCCUUUACUGUUUUCUGCCAUAGAAGGCUGGACUUAUGAAGAAGGAUUCUACUAUUCCUUCAUCACCCUCAGUACAAUAGGCUUUGGAGAUUACGUGAUUGGGAUGAACCCAGACCGUACCUAUCCAGCCUGGUACAAGAAUGUGAUAUCUCUGUGGAUCCUCUUUGGCAUGGCUUGGCUAGCACUGGUCAUCAACAUUUGUAUCAAUGUGCUAGAGAACUCUAACGACCUCUGCCAGUGCUGCAAGAAGAAAAGGAAAGAGGCAGAGCAGAAUUUAACAGACAGCAACAAAAGUAGUACUCUGGGGCUGGAUGAUGUGGAGAGCUGCACUACCAAGGACACAAAGCCAAAAGGCCCAGACUGAACAGCACUUGUGCAGCUCCUCUAAAAGGACUUUUCCCAAGGGAUAUCUUCUUGGUGCAUCAUAUGUGUAUGUGCCAGCAGAGGUGACUGCGUAGAACAGCUGGAGUGGAAAUCCCUUGUACUUCAGUCAAACAGGAAUGGAAACUAGAGUACUGGGCCUGGAGUGCCUCUACUGUGAAUCAAGUAGUAGAGAAAUACUAUAAGCUCAGUUGCUUGCACUAUAAGACAUUACCUCAUCCAAACCCCAAGUCCCCAUUUAGAUUUCUUUAGGCUUCACUUAAGGUUCCACCCGCAUGUAUAAGUUACAUUUGAAAUUGGUAUACAACACUGAUCUGUUGUUCUCUCUUUCACGUGCAGAAGUCUCCCAUUUCAUGCAUACCACUUCACAUAUCAUCACUGCAACCACCAGUGCCAUAGCAUAUGGGUCACCACACAGCACAUUCUUUAAAUGCCUGAUGAGGAACAUACUUUAAAAGCAAACAACUCAUCAGUUGUCACAAGUUAUGUUCCAUGACUUUCAUGCUUGUACCUGCCAAAGGGGAUAACAUUCUUCUGCUACCAGAUCCUAAAUAUAUGGCAAUGAGGCGUAGCAUGCAGCUGGAUAUCCAGUGUGACGAGGGAAACCACCACAUCAAAGAGCUAUAUCAGUGUUAAAGAUGAACGACUCUUAUUAUGGUAAUUGGUUUAUUCAUCUACAGAAUCCUUCUGUGGUAUCAUCCACUACAGAAUUUAGUCUGGUCCCCAAAUGUCACCAGUUAAAUGCAAUGGUUCAUUAUUGUUAAACUUUCCUUUUAACAUUUUGGAAACCAGAAGUAGAAGCCAGAAGCCAGUCGUUACGAGCCUGGUCAUGGCCCAGUGAUUACAAAGCUUACGUUUGAUCCAGCAAUAGAUGAGGUUGCUGCUGAUUUUGCUUAAUGGGAAUAUAAAGAAAAAAAAAUUAUUGUGAUAUUCUCAUGGCACAGAGAUGACAGUGAUCUUCCUGCUCCUUUUUAUCUUGCUGGCAUAAGCAGCAGCAUGUCCUGCUGUAUGUAAUGCUGAAUCUGCUCCCGAACAAUGGCAUUUUCAAUUAAUAUAAUUGCUCAGAAGUCUUUUGCACUCUGAGCUGUUUAAAAAAGGCCCAUAGCUUGUAGUUCCUGAUAUAAUUAGUAUCAGCGUGCCCAUUCUUGAUCCUCACAAGUGGCAUUUCCCAUGUUGGCAGCAUCCUGGAUUGGGGAUUUUGAGAAUCUGACUCUCACUUCACUUAUAGACCAGUUCUGAACUUUUGGAAGAACCACCUAGUGUCUGCAGGGGAUCUAGGUUUCACAAGAACAAAGGAAGGAAGAGAGGCAAAACGGGGGUGGGGAUAGGAGUCAUUACUUAGAAAUACUGAUAGCUGAGUGCAUGGCAAUUCAGAGGACUGUUUACAGUUUCCCAGGAUCAAAGACUGUAGAAUGUUUGUUAGGAUUUUACAGUUUACAGUGGGAGAGGUGGAGGUGCUGUCAUGUGCUGGCAUCAGUGACAUAAGGAGGUUCAGGAAAGGAAUCUUUCACGCUGAAGCUAGAUUGCUUGGCAGAAAGGUAUUAUCAAGACAUACCUUUGGUGUAGUGCUCUUUGAAAUGCUUUUUCAGUAGGCAGGAGCAUCAAGGCAAGCGUUAGGAAGUGAUUGAAAAUGUUAAUGUAUAACUGGAACUGUGGUAUGGAAUAGGUGGGCUCAAGUUCACUGGGCACUGAGUCAUUCUGUAGUGGCUUUUAAAACUGUUUGACCUCUCUGUUUUCCAUGUAUUUUAGUAUUGCGUUUUUCACUGAUCCUCACACGUUAGGUUUUUAUUGCUGUUUAUAGUGGGCUGGUCUAGAAUUACAUUACAAGGGUGCUGUCUGCCCUUAAGUAGUAUGGUCAGAGCCAGGAUGAUAAUUUACUUCACUAGCAGGUCUACUUUCCCUUCUUCCAAGUGCAAAACUCCCUAAGCACAUGACUUCACUAUGUAAAACAAGAUGAGAGAAAGUAGAGAACACCUUUUGGAGAAGGCUAAAAACCACAUCACAAGCUCUUUCUUGACUCUAAUUUGAAAUAUCACAGGCUCUGACGUUCCACCAUUCCUCUGCUUAGCAGCCUAAAGGAGCUCCAUCUGAAGGAGAUUUUCUUGCUCUUCAUUUUAAAUAUCGCUUUAAACAUUUUUAUCCUGUUAUUUCUAGCUGUGCUCCCUCACAGCACUUUUUAUUUCUUCAAAUAUUUGUAGCCGCUAGGUAAGAUUUUAAAAAGCUUUUAAAAGUGUUAGGCAUCCAACUCCCAUUGAAUUUCAAUAGGAGUCAGGUGCCUUGCUUCUUUAGGCAUUUUCAGAAAUCCCACCUUGUGAUCAUAACAUCCCCAAUGGGCAGCCAUCACACUUAACAUGUAUUCACUCUUUCUAGUAACGAGGUGCCCAGAAGUGAUCUUCUGGAUUACUAAUACAUACAUGGCCAAACACCAUCUAUCUGUCUGUGUUCUUUUAUAACUCCCCACAUCAACACUGUAUCUGAGAACUUCCCAGUAGCAUCCCACUCCACCUCCUUCCCAACUCAGUACGCUGUCCGUUAUUAUUAGAGGCAAGCCAGCUUUCAAUGCAUAUGAUGUAUAUUAUCAUACUUGAGAGUCCCUCACAAAAUGCCAUGUCUUUGGCCUUUGCAGCCUUCUCUCUGAAACUAUGCUGUGGUCAAAUGAUAUGGAUGGAUUUGUUCCCAGAGAGGAGAGAAGGGGAAGUUUUGCAAUAUAGUGAAAAAUAUCAUCAGUGUGUCUAAAAAAUAGACUGCUCUACUAAAAUAUGAAAGGUUAUCUGCUCAAGGGUAAAAUAAAGAAAACAAACCACUGUGCUGUUAUCAUUCUUGUCACAGCUGACUCUGGGUCUUCCAUAAUCUACAUUGGAAAAUUACAGAUGUUCUCUGCUUUUUAUUUUUUAACGCCUCCAAAAGGUCCUGAAUUCUCCGUGGCUGAAUUCUUGAGCUAGUCUCUUUCCAAAUAACUGUGAAGUUUCCAUUAGUGAUUUUAACCUUGUCUUUCAUAAGUGUAUUCUUCUCUGUUCCCCUGGGUUUUUGGUUUGGGGUUUUUUUCUGUUUGUUCUAGGGGGAACAGGCCAUAUUAUUGCUGUCAUUAUUCAGUAUUUAUAUUAUCUCAGUGCCCAGAAGCCUUGUCAUGGAGCCACAGAGGAAGUUUGCCUCCAAUCUUUUUACAGUCUUCCAGGGACUGCAUCUUUUUCCAUGGUAAUCCCUAGAUUUCCUCUUCUGCACAGGGGAGUCCCAAAGACUCCCCUACUCCACAACUGAACUGGGCUUCAGUUUCUUCUGUUACCUUAGCUCCUUCAACAAGUCCAAAAGGACUUUAACUCCUGAUAGACUUCACCUCUUUAACAGCUAUGCAGUUGCAGAAGUUUGCAGCAACACAAGGCAGCCUUCUCCAAACAAGGCAGUUAAUAUUAAUCCACCUUCCUCCAUAUUUUCCCCCUACUCUUUGUUUCUACAUUCAGCAGAGCUAUCCUGGAACAGAAAAUUGAGCCCAUUACCCCUGCCCACUGGAAUUUACAACUAAGAAGUGAACCCUAGAAGGGGUUGAGGGCCUUCAGCUUCCUAAACCCCUAAAUUAAAACAAGACCAUCUGAAAAAUUGUAGGUGGAGAAAGGAAGGAUUGAGAAAAAGACAUCCCUCAAUCCCCUAAGGAAGAGUAUUUCUGUGGACAGAGGGGGCUGGGAACAGCUCUUUAUUGCUUAAUUGCUCUUCUUGGAUCUUGGUUAGCACUGCAUAUUUCUGCUGGUAAAUAUUUUUAAACGUACUGUCUUUAAUUUUUUUUUUACACAUUCUAUGUUUGGUCAGAGCUCAUGGACAAAGUUGAAACAAUAAUGUAUCUGAGGAGGGACAUGAAAGACUUCACACAGAAAUUUGUGUGAAGACAGGCAGUGAAAAAUGCUGACGCACAAGACCAGGGAUAUGGUAUGAAGCCCUAGGGGCCCUGCUGAAGCAGGCACACAGAUGAGUAUUGAAGGAGGGGGCAUAUGAGGUUGAGGGGGUUGGGAAAAUACUGGAUGGACUAAGUGGGUGCUGAGCUGUGCAGCACUUGACCAUAUGACUGCCAUGAAUAAGUGCAGAUAAUGUACAGAAUUUUGAAUGUGAUUAUAACCAAGAGGCAUACCCUAGUUUUGGAUAACUGAUGUUCAGAAAAUAAGAGCUAUACUGUACUUGGUUUUAAACUAUAUGUGUGAUCUUCAGAU